AUGCAGACGAAGCAGAAACAAGCGUUAGGCAUUAACGGCACUCGCACAAGUGGACUGCCGGUGCGCCGUGAGAAUGUGACGGCUGCAAUGGCGGUAGCCAAUGUUGUAAAGUCGUCACUUGGCCCCGUUGGCCUUGACAAAAUGCUGGUCGAUGAUGUUGGUGAUGUUUGCGUGACAAACGACGGUGCAACGAUCCUUAAGAGCUUGGACGUGGAGCACCCCGCCGCCCGCCUUCUCGUUGACCUCGCUCAGCUGCAGGACAAGGAGAUUGGUGACGGCACCACGUCAGUUGUUAUUCUUGCCUCCGAGCUGCUCAAGCGCGCGCAGGACCUUAUUGUACAAGGUAUUCAUGCCACAAGCAUCAUUGCAGGCUACAAGCUGGCCUUGCGUGAGGCGGUGCGCUAUCUUAAAGACCGUCUCAGUCUUCCCGUGGAUGGCCUGGGCAAGGACGUCCUCCUCAACGUUGCACGUACCUCAAUGAGCAGCAAGAUUCUCAGUUCUGAGUCUGAUUUGUUUGCCAAAAUUGUCGUGGAUGCGAUUCUUUCCGUCAAGACUGUGAAUGAACUGGGCGAUGUUGUAUACCCCAGAAAGGCGGUGAGUGUCCUCCUUCAGCACGGCAAGAGCGCCCGAGAAUCAAUGCUGAUGCAGGGCUUUGCAUUGGGUCUUUCUCGUGCAGCACAGGGCAUGCCAACGUCGGUGCAGAAUGCUCGUAUUGCACUUAUUGAUUUUGAUCUGCGUGCGGUGAAGAUGAAGUUAGGCAUCAACAUCACCAUUACCGACCCCACCAAGGCCGAGGCCAUUCGUCAGCGCGAGCUUGAUAUCACAAAGGAACGCAUUAAGAAGAUGAUUGCUGCGGGCGCCAAUGUGAUUUUGACUUCUUGGGGUAUUGAGGACAGUAUGAUGAAGUAUAUGGUGGACGAAGGCGUGCUUGGUGUGCGCCGGGUAAAGAAGGAUGACAUGCGUCGUAUUGCGAAGGUGACGGGGGCGCAGGUGGUGCAUACACUUUCGGAUCUUGAGGGGGAGGAGGUAUUUGACCCCAAGUGGCUUGGCAAGGCGGAGAGUGUGUACGAGGAACGCUUUGGCGAGGACGACAUCAUCAUCAUCUCCGGCACGAGCAAUGCGGUGUGCUCCAGCAUUAUUUGCCGGGGCGCCAACUACCUUGUGCUGGAGGAGAUGGAACGCGCGUUGAACGACGCUCUGUGGGCAGUGGCACGCACGCUGGAGGCUAGCUCCGUGGUUGCCGGCGGGGGGGCGGUGGAGGUGGCGCUCUCUGUGUACCUCGAGAACUUUGCCCACACCCUUGGGUCUCGCGAGCAGUUGGCGAUUGCGGCCUUCUCCGAGGCGCUGCUUAUCAUCCCAAAGACUUUAGCGCUGAAUGCUGCGUUGGACGCGACGGAUCUGGUGGCGCGGCUUCGCGUCGUGCACAAUGAGCAGCAGGCUGCAGGGAAGAGCCAGGGCGUGGAACGCUUCUUUGGUCUUGACCUUAUCGAGGGGAGCCUGCGCAACAACAUGGAGGCUGGCGUGCUGGAGCCGCAGCCAAGCAAAGUUAAGUCGCUGCACUUUGCCACUGAGGCGGCCAUCACGAUCCUCCGCAUUGACGAUUGUGUGCGUCUCAACCCUGAGGAGGAGGAGGAGCAACGGUAA